AUGGGAGUUCCAGCAUUUUUUCGCUGGCUAUCAAAGAAGUACCCGUCGAUCGUUGUCCACUGUGUAGAAGAAAAGGUGAGUCGAUGGAAGGAUUGAUAGCUUAGCUUGUUGUUGGUCCAGCUACACGUGUUUAAGAUUUACUCUUUGAGCCGGUAUUUUGCGGUCUUUCUACCCUGUUGCUAUGAUAUUAAAUUAAGUAUUAAUUUACUAUUAUCAAUGUAGGGAGGCCGUUUAAAUAGAGAUCAGUGCCAACUGUUUGUCAAAGAAACACUUUAAAAUUGAGACUUCUCAGCGCGCGGACUCGGAAACAGUCCUCUUAAGAUAGUGAAAGCUCUUUCUGAAAGUGAGAAAGCUGACUUGAUCAAGGAUCAAAACCUGAGCACAGGGUUUUUUGUUCAUUAAUGAACGAUUUUCUUAAAUUAAGAAGUUUCUAUAUUGGAUUGCUAAUAAAGAACUAGGUUAUGUUACAGUGUGCAUGUAUCUUCUAUGCCUCUUCUAAAAGGACCAAUUUCGUAUUUUUAUUAUUGAUCAAAGUGGUAGGGAAAGGAAAAAUAAUAAUUUGGUUUUAUCAACUGAGGAUAAUGUAUAUUGGCCACUGAAUAGAGUUUCUAAAGCUGAUUUUUCAACGGUUACCCCUUCAUCGUUUGCUCUGAUGAAACGCUAAUACUUGAAAUGUCAGUUUUAGAAUCUAUUUCCUGUGGCUAAUUAACAUUACCGAACCAGUUUAUAAAACCACAUUAUCUAGUAAUACCCCUUCACCAAUACAGGACCACAGUUUCUUUAGAAAAUCGAACCCUUAAUCCACUGAAGGAAAAAAUGAUUGCAUAGCACCAUAGCACAGAAAUUUUGGUAUGCAAAAUGAAUAUUUAUCUUAGUUUUUCACCAUCCUAGGGACGAGAAGUGGAUGGAGUUAGAGCCCCAGUGGACACAAGUUUACCAAACCCCAAUGACUAUGAAUUUGAUAACUUAUACCUGGACAUGAAUGGAAUCAUUCAUCCUUGUUGUCAUCCUGAAAACAAGUAAGCAGCAAUUUUUAUAUUUGUGUUAUUUAAGCUAAGUGUGGCCUAUUCUGCAUGAGUAUAUCCUUGAUUUGGGAGCAUAGAGCAAAUGGGAACAAAUCUCAAUGUGUUUUCUCUGUUGUAUUAUAUGGUUUUAUUACUUCUCCUCCUCUUUCUUUCCUCUUGCGUAAGUAUUGUUGUUAACCCUCUCUGUACUGUAGGUGUACUUUUUGCUUACAUUAAGUAAAAGAAAUAAACAUUUUAUAAUUUAUUUCCAGGCCAGCCCCAAAGAAUGAAGAUGAGAUGAUGGUGGCUAUUUUUGAGUACAUUGACAGGUACUUUUUUUUUGUUUAUUUUUACUCGUGGUUGGAGAGAUGUACUGUGUACCUAACCUGUUUUACCCAAGGACACAACAAAAUGACCUGGUCUCAAACCUAGACCUCUAGAACAGAAGCCCAGUGCACUGACCAUUACGCCACCACAUCUCUUGCUAAGGGAACACUCUGUACAAUUUUAGUCUCGGUUAAUGCCCACAUCACAAAUGGAGGCUACAUGCUUUGGAGACCUGGGGGCUGAAACCACAGUAGCACCCUUAGGUGCUUGAACACCAGAUUGGCCUGCCCAACCUGCAAUCCAACCACAAGCGUCCUAAACCAGGCCCCCUAUGAGCACUGUCACACAAGAGCCAGAUGGCUGAGUGGAGGAAAACAUAAAUAAAGAAAUUAAUCAAUAAAUAAAAAAUAAUAAUAAAUAGAAAUAAACCCUACAGUUAGGGUUGGGGGGGGGGGGACAAAAAUGCCAAGAUCCGCAAUCUGCAAGGACAACAACACUACACCAUAGAAGAGUGAUUACAAUGCAAGCGCGUGGUAGAACAACAUAUGCACUGAUAAGGUAUACCACUGGAUAAGGACAGCCUCAAGGUCCCAACGACCACAGUACUGCUGCAAAACGCUACAGAAUGCAACAAAUGCUGCAUGAAUGUUAACAGCCAGCCAAGACAUUUAUCAUACACCUCAAAAUGCUACUGACCAUAUUUUCUCUUAGUUGUUAUCUAUGGCAUAUUCCAUUUAAUUAUAUUUAACAUUCAUUACCCACUACAAUCAAUUUCUUCUUCUUCUUUUUUUUUUUCAGAAUCUUCUCAAUAGUUAGACCCAGAAAGUUGCUUUACAUGGCCAUUGAUGGAGUGGUAUGAGGCACUUUGCUAGUAUAUUUAUUAAUCUGUUAUAAAAUAUACAUUUUUUCUAUUUUGGCUUAUUUAUGAUAAUAUUUAUGCAUGCUUGUCUUAAUUUUUUCAUUUCUAUUGCAGGCUCCAAGGGCAAAAAUGAACCAGCAAAGAUCUCGUCGUUUCAGAGCAUCUAAAGAAACCAAGUUAGUAAUAAAACAGUAACCCAAUUAGUGCAAAUGUUUGCACACUACAGAUGAAAACAUAAUAGCAGGAAAUGCUAAAUUUUAACCUUUUUUAGGGAAAAAGCAGAGGAAAUGACAAGAAUUCGAAGUGAAUUAAUGGAAAAAGGUAUGCAAAAUGAUGCUUAAAUGUAUAUUACUCUCUGUUAGUGUUUUUUUUUUAUGGGAAACAAACUUAUCAAAAUUGGAAAUGAUGUAUCAUGUCCAAAGUUUGGUGAAAAAAUAAAUUAUUGCCCAUGGUUUUCUGAUCAAACAAGUAAAGUCAUAUUUUUUCUAGUCCAAAUGGAAAAGUUACCCCUCCCAGAUGCUCAGACAGGUCAAGUUUCAUGCAGUUUGGAAUUGUACACUAAACAGAUUUUAUUACUUUCUUCUGUAGGUGCUCUUUUACCACCAGAAAAAGAAAAAACUGAACACUUUGAUAGUAACUGUAUUACGCCAGUAAGUGUAAUUGUGUAAAGCUGGAUCUGGUUGUUCAUUGUGCUGAAGUGCAAUAGUGAUAUUUAGAUCAUUAUUAUUUGUUGCAUUCAGUAUUAAAUAAUUAUUUACCAGUGUGGAUUAAAUUUGUAAUGUUUUACCUGCAUACUGCCAGUCCUCUUCAGGCAAUGAGGUUGGUGUAAUUGUUGGCAUGCUGUGAUUAAUGAUUCUUAACCCUUCAACUCCUGUGAGUGACCAAGACAGAAUUUCUCGUUACAAUAUCAAGCAGACAAGUGAUGAGAAUAAAGAAAAAUAUCAAUUAGGGGUUAUAAGUUUAUUUAAUACCAAAUUCGUCAAACUAAUAUCACAAGAACUGUAUGGCAGACAGCAAGGAGAAUUAACAAUGAGAUCUUGGGAGUUAAAGGGUUAACAGAUGUUAUUGGUAUAUUUUGUAUGUUACAAGGAUGACAUCUGUAAAUCUUGCCUUUUACCUGUGUAUGAAAUAACUGUCAUUGUGAACAAAAAGGUUUAACCCUUUAACUCCUAUGAGUUACCAAGACAGAAUUUCUCCUGACAACACUGAUACAAUGCCAAACAGACAAGUAAUGAGAAUGAUGAAAAAUAUCCAAUAGGGAUUAUUAGUUGAUCCAACACCAAAUUCGCCAAACUAAUAUCAUAAGAAUGGUAUGGUAGACUGUCAUGAGAAUUAAUAAAGAGAUCAUAGGAGUGAAAGGGUUAAAUCAUUCCAAAGCAGAAGGUUUACAUUGGUGUGCUUCACUCUAUGAUCUGAAAAGGCUGAUGCUUGGACAUAAAUUAAUAAAUUGUCUCUGUCAUGCUCUUGAUUCUUUCAUAAUUCUAGUGGACAACAGAGAUUGUGGACUUGCUCACUAGAUGUGUAUAGUUUAUGUUCCUGAGUGAAGAUUGGCAAUCGUUUAUAACUGGUUGAUGUUAAACUACACCGUUUUAUUAUGUACUUCAAAUGUGUAUUGGAUUCAGAAAUUCCUCUGAUUGUGAAUUUUUCUUUAUUACAGGGGACAGAGUUCAUGGCCAAUUUGUCGAUAUGUUUAAGAUAUUACAUUGCUGACAGAUUAAACAAUGAUCCUGGAUGGAGGAAUAUAAAAGUAAGUACAGUGCACCUUAAUUUAAGUUUUGAUAGUUUUGUUCUCUUCUGGUGACUUCCAGUGACUUAGGAAUUUUUCUUAAUGAUAUCAAUACAUUUUUAAAUAGUCAGGUGAUGAGUGAGAAAGAAAGGAAAGUAUCAAAGCAGGGUUAUUGUUUGCUUUAACACAUCAAGUUUCUCAGAACUAAAAUGAUUUAAAUUGCAUGGCAGAAGUGCAUGGAAUGAUCAUUGAGAUUACACAAGUGUAAGAGUAAAAAGGCCACCAGAGAAGCGUCAAGGAAAAUUGACACAAUGUUGGGGUGACCUACAAAGGAAUCUUUUACCAUUUAAGGGGAGCAACAACUCUCUGAGGGCUAACUAUGUCAAACAAUCUUAUAUGAAGCUUUAACCUUGAUCUUCUAUACCCUAACAUCAUUAUGCAUAUUCUCCAUACCAGUCUCUAUACAUUUCCUUUGGUGCUGACAAGGAGAAUUAUGGAGUACCUCUCAAGAGCUUCUCUUGUUGGUGAUCAUUGCCUUUAUUCUCAUGACCUUAAUGACUAAUGAGGCAGUAUAACUGUAAGGAGAAAUUAGAUCCCAUUAGUACAACUGUAGUUAUCCCUUUCAUUAUUACUCAGGUGUGUCUAAUAAAGCUCAAAAUUAAUAACUGGUUGAUGCUUUUGGGUUUAAGGUGUGAAUUAUCUUGAAUUAUUUUAUGUAAAGUAUGUAUAAAUUUUUUAAGGUGAUAUUAUCAGAUGCUAAUGUUCCUGGAGAGGGUGAGCACAAGAUUAUGGACUACAUCAGAAAGCAAAGAGGUGAGAUUUGCCUCUCACUCCCAAGAUCAUAUGUACCUAUAGAAUGAGUUGUACAGGAUAGGAUUUGGCUCCAGGCUAUAACAUACAAACAGAGUGCCAGGGGUCUGGACUUCAUGACUAAGAGUCAAAUAUUUUCAUGUCUGCCUUGACCUAAAGCAUUUCAUCACAUGACUGCCAUUCUUCUCAUUCUUUCUGUUUUUCCAUUUUCACAUCUUUAACUCCCAGAAGUGAUUAACAUGUAACUUCUCCCCAUAAAAUCUAUACAGUAUCCAGGAAACAGGUGAUGAGAAUACUCAAACUUACCAGAUAGUUGUUAUUUUGAUCUAACACUAAUUUCUCAUAACUGAUUUGCAAGGAAAUAUCUUAUAGUCAGAAGGGAGAAUUAACAAACAGAUCUUGGGAGUUAAAGGGUUAAAUGGCCAAACACUGGGUGGUGCAUCCUUUUCUGUCCCUCUCUGCAAUGGAUUAUUAGGAACCUUACAAAUUGAUCACAAGUUGGCUUUGGAAAAAAAAGUGAUCACUGGAAAAUAUUCAUUUGUAAUUUUCUCUAUUUCUUUGACUCAGCUGAGAUUUUUGGAUAUUUUGGGGAGAACUUUCUUUUCUUUCUUUUAGUCCUUGUUAUAUUGGGACAUUUGAUAAACCUAAACUUCACUAUAGUGGUAUGAAAAUUGUAUUUGCUUCUCUUUUCUGUUUGUUUCAGCAAGUCCACAUCAUGACCCAAACACAAAGCACUGUUUAAAUGGUGCUGAUGGUAUGUUCAUGUAAAAUGCAAGUCGUGAUUAUCAUUUUAUUAUCAAUGAUAUUAGAUAAUUAGAGCUGACACAGUUGUUUGGUCUCUUUCAGCUGAUCUGAUUAUGCUGGGUGAGUAUUUUGAAGAAAUCCCAUUUUGUUAUAAAUGAGUUGACAAAAUUUGGAGUUACUCAUUGGGUCCUCUUUGGCCAAUUUCUUGUAUGGACCCUGUCACAGGCAGAUGCCAGUAAUUAUUUGGAAUUGAUACCAAAUUUUAUUUUAUUGCUCAUGUUCAGUUCCUUGUGUUAAUCCUUCACACCUUAACAUCAGUAUGCAUAUUCUCCAUACUGUUCUCUAUACAUUUCGUAAAUUGCUGACAAGGAGAAUUUGAUUAUCACUCGAGAGCUUCUUUAGCUGGUGAUCAUUUCCUUGAUUCUCAUGACCUGAAUGAUUGAUUCAGGGGUGAUGUUUUAAGAAGAAAUUAGUAGCUAAUCACCCCUAGGAGUCAGAGGGUUAAGAUUCUGCCUUUCCACUUCUUUUGUACAGGACUUGCCACUCAUGAGCUUCACUUCACAAUCAUCAGGGAAGAGUUUAAACCAAACCAGAAGAGACCUUGUGAGAUGUGUGGUCAAGUUGGUGAGAGUUUCUCUAAGUCCUGUUGUUAUUACUUUAGAUGUGAUUUUUUAAUCCACGACUCCUAUAGACAGUACUAUUGCAAAUUCACUGAUCAAAGACAUCCCCUUAAAAAUACCAUAAUUUUUACCUCAAUCAAGUUGUCGCAGUCACCUUUUAAACUGAGUUGAAACAGCCAGUUUAUUUUAUUAUCUUCCUCCUGUAUUGAAACGUCAGCUAAAGUGAAACCACUCCUCCAUUAUGUACCAUCUGAAGCACUUUUCCAAUAAGAAUUGUCUUGUUUCUAUUUUAACCCCAUUUUCUGUGGUCACAGGCCAUGUUAUGGAUGAAUGUAUGGGUCUUCCAAAAGAAAAACAAGGGGAGGUGAGUUUUUUAAAAUAUGUGUCAACUUAACCCUUUAAGUCCUACUAGUGACCUAUGCAGAAUUUCUCCUUACAUAAUUAGGACAAUAUUAAGCAGACAAGUGAUGAGAAUAAAGAAAAAUGUCAAUUAGGGGAUUAGUGGUUGAUCCAAUUCCAAAUUCUCCAAACUAACAUCAUAUGAAUUGUACAGCAGACAGUAAGAAGAAUUGCUAAUGAGAUCUUGGGAGUUAAAGUUCCUAGCAGGGCACAUUGUAAGAACAUAAGGGAGACACUGUCAUAGUAAGUGACAUGGAUGUCAGUCUCACUGUUAUGACUGCAAGUUUAGUUUUCUGUAUAACUCAUCCCCUUACUGUCAACUCAUAUAUAUAUAAAUAUAUAUAUAUAUAUAUAUAUAUAUAUAGCACUAUUAUAGUAAUUGAUUCCUGUACCUUUUAGCCCUUUGACCCCUGAAAGUGACUAGCAUUGAUUUUCCUCUUACAAUGGCCCCCCAAAAUCAUACCAUAAGGUCAUGAGAAUAAAGGAAAUGAUCACCAACAGAAGGAGUGCUUGAUUGUUAAACAAAUUCUCCCUGUUAGAACCUUGGUGUAUAGAAAACAGUUUGUAGAAUAUGCAUUCUGAUGUUAGGGUGUAGAUGAUGCUUAGGGUGUUUGACGUUUUUAAUGCAGUUUGAUGAACUCCCUGCACCGGUGGCUCAAGAAGUAGAGUUUAUUUUCAUCAGGCUGAACGUUUUACGGGAGGUAAGAUAAAAUAUUAUUUGAGAAAAGAAAAAAUCCAAAAUUAAAGACAAGGUUUCAGUGCUUGCAUGGUUAUGAGUAUUAGUGAUAGCAAGUUGAUAAACUGGGCAAGACUGUGAAACAACAAAGAUGUCUUUCCUGUGAACAUUCUACCUCACUAGCUUCUUUAUUGAGAAUUCCAGACUUCAACAUACUUUCCGAGAGGAAUACCCAUAUUUAAAACCCAAUGUUUUGAUUUUUUUCUGCAACGUUUAACGACAUGUUAACUUUGUUCAAUUUUAAGGUGGUCUGCCGUCAAUCAUGGCAACAAUGGGCUUCUAAAAGGGAAAACAAACCAAUUAGUUUGAAAUAACUAAAUCAAAACUCAGUGAAAUAUCCUUGUUUCUUGAGAGGUCCGCAUAAUGGUUGAUAGCAAUAUUCACUUCCCCCACCCCACCCCUCUCCUUAUUCUUGAUUAUCGCUCACCCCCGCGGUACAAAUUUCUUUCUCUCCCCAGCCUUCUGCUGCCAUUGAAAUAAAAGAUGGCGGCCAUAAUUUUCGCUGAGGAAAUACUAAGCACUCGCUCGCCAAAAUGCACCUACUCUGCAGGCUAAAAAUGCGAUGACGCAGUAACUCUAAAGUUUGCUUGAGAACCUCUAACUCCCACGAGUGACCAAGACAGAAUUUCUCCUUACAUUAUCAAUACAAUAUCAAGCAGACAAGAGAUAAGAAUAAAGAAAAAUAUCAAUCAGGGGAUUAUUAGUAAACCCAUACGAAAUCAUCUAACAGAACUAACAUCCUAAGAAUCGUAUGGUAGACAGUAAGGAGAAUCACUUAGGAGAUCUUGGGAGUGAAAGGGUUUGUUGAAACAAGCAAGUAUGCUUGUAUAUAAAAUCGUCAUUCACUUUAACUUGCUUCAAAUUUGCUUCAUAGUAUCUCGAGCGUGAGUUAAGAAUGGAAGGCCUCCCUUUUCCGUAUAGCUUUGAGGUUAGUUAAGCUGAGUAUGGAUUUGUUAUCUUCAGAAAGCCUGGUGAAGUUUUUUAUGGACAAGGAAAAUCCAGAAAAAAGGAAUGUUGAAAAUUAAACCAAGAAAAAGUCAUUAAUGAUCUUGCCGUUUUAACUUUCCCUUGUCCGAACUAGCUGCCAGUGAAUGAAUUAUCGUCAGUAAGAAAAAAGCAAAGCGCCACAAGUCCGAGAAAACGCGAGUCACCAAGGCGCCAUAAAUUUGAUUUGUUCAGUAUUAAUAUACAUAAAAAAUUAUGCGCGUCUGGUUGACUGAAAAUAAGAGCAUUUUUCAUGUAACACGAGUGCAAAUGACAAAGAACGCGCGCGCGCGCUACCCAAAUUUUUUCCGUCUUGAGUCUUGACUUUCAGUGAUGCGAUUUUCAUGAAAUUUUAAAGUAGUAACAACAUAAUUUCUCGUGCAAUUUGGUGUAAAUAAGCACUUAUAUAUUUUUCAAAGACUACAAAUUGCACUUGUCCUACGGGCUCGUGCAAUUUUGUUGUGUUUGAAAAAUGUACUCGUGCUUAAACAUCAAAUUGUAAGAUAACUCAGGUUGUCACCUGUACAAAGUAGCGCGAGCUUUCUGAACCAAUCACAAAGCCAGGUAAAGCAAAACCAAAGAACUCCCGGAUUACUUUGAACAGUCGAUUGAAAAUUGCUUGUCAGUGAUGGGUGACACCAAGUAUUAAUCCAUUGUUGUGUUCCUUCACUCAGCGCUGUCUUGAUGACUGGGUAUUCAUGUGCUUCUUUGUAGGCAAUGAUUUCCUCCCUCACUUACCGUCUCUAGAAAUCAGGUAAAUUUUUAACAUGGAUUUGAAUUGGUGGUCUUGUUGUUGGCACAGAUACUUUGGCAGAUCUUUUUCCGAAGAGUUUGUCGCUGAAAAUGUUUUUGUUAACUUUGCUAUUUUUUUCUUUCAUUGCUAGAGAAGGAGCGAUAGACCGUUUGGUGGGAAUUUACAAGAGGGUACUACCAAGAUGUGGGGUAUGGAUAGAAAAAGAUAAUUUUUAACCCUUAAACUCCUAGAAGUGAUCAAUGUGAAACUUCUUCCUACAAUAUCCUUACAUCAUCUAGCAAACAGCUAAUGAGAAUAUUCAAACUUAUCAGGUAGAAGUUGUUGUCUUGAUUCAGCCCCAAAUUCUCAUGACUGAUUUACAAGGACAUAUGUAGCAGCUAGAGGGGAGAAUUGUCAAUCAGGUCUUGGGAGUUAAAGGUUUAACUGCCUUUUUCUAUCCUUGUGAUAAAAUUUAUUUAACUUUACUUUCUCAAUUGACAGUGGAGCAAUUUUUUUUAAUGCUAUCAUCAUCAUGAUUUAAACACCUAGCCCGGUUGUGGAAGGGUGGGUUAUGCAGUCUUUAACCCUUAAACUCCCAAGAUCUGAUUGUUAAUUCUCUCCUCUAGCUGUUACACAUCUCCAUGUAAAUUGGUUACGAGAAUUUGGUGUUCAAUCAAGAUAAUAUCUUGUACCUGAUAAGUUUGAGUAUUCUCACUGCCUGUUUGCUGGAUAAUUUAUGGAUACUAUAUGGAGACUGGUUACAUGUUAAUCACUUCUGGGACUUAAAGGGUUAAAUCAGGGUCUUAAAUAGUUGUGCCUGAGAAUGUGCUGCCUUUGCUACAUUAUGUAUGUUCUAGUCGGACAUGGACGAUAAACCGUAGGUCCAGUCUCCCGCAUCUUCUCUGCUCUAAUUAGUGUUCUCGUUUCAGGGCUACCUUGCUAAACAUGGUAUUGUGGAUCUUGGCAGAGUACAGAUGAUUCUUCAAGGUAAGCAAAGUUUUAAUGUGUACUUCUCAACUCUGGUAGUAAGAUAGUGCUUCGUUGUGGCCCAAACUAUAAAUUUUUAGCUCUUUUUUAUUCAUUUUUGUAGAGCUUGGUUAUGUGGAAGACGAAAUUUUUAAGAAAAGACAGGAAAACGAAGUGGGUAUCUAUCGUUAAAUUGAUGUUAAGUAGGGUGAUUUGCUCUGUGGUAUAUGCGUACAGCAGUUUGUAACAGAAAUCUCUCUUAGUUAACUGGUUCUCAGCAGAAUAACUGGUAGAUUAAAAUUUGAAUUAAAACAGGACACCAGUGGUGAAACUGUUUUAGUUUCCGUCUUCAACCAGCGACUACCUCCUUUGUUUAUUUAGUUGGAAAUCAAACGCGUGGAAGAGGAAAUUUUAUGCUCAAAUUAUUAGCCAAGCUUUUAUUCAAUGUCUUUUUCUUUACUCCAGUUACAAUAUAGAAGACGUUUGAAAGCAAAUAAAGAGAGAGAAAAACGACAAAAGAUGGUAUGUACCUUAUUUAUUCAGCGUUGAAUAUUUCUGCAAGUGUCGCUUUUGUGGUUUGGUUGAAGGAACAAACCUCUGCCCACGUGAUUAUUGUUGUCUGUUUAAAUCUGGUGAAGAAUAAAUUUUCAACCUUAAAACAUUUUUAGCAUAUGUGUGCGAGCGGUUUCAAUCAGUCGUCUUGAAACAAAAACGAAGUAUGUAGAGUAAUUUUCAACGGAGGUUCGUAAAUGUUCCAGGAUUACAUUGGUUUUGUUUUACAUCGGUCUGUGUUUGGUCCGGUCUUGAGCUAUGUCUAAACCAAUCAGACGCCAAAUGAACACCACCCGUGACUCGGCCGCCCGCGUUUUCCCGCUCUGUUCGUAGUCAGCCUGUAUUGCUUUCAGUCCUCAUUGGCCAAUGAUGACGCAAAGCUUUGUUAUGAUUGGCUGUUGCGAUUACUUUGGGUUUUGGUUUCAAGACACUCAAUGUAAACUGCUCCAAGACAUCCAAUCAAAACAAGAAAAAAUAUCGCCAGGAAAAACCGAAGUUAUAACCAAUGACUUGUCUUAUGAAAGCGCAGGAAAACUCCAAUGAAUUGGCGAAGUAGAGUAAAAGUAAUUAAAUCGUGAAUUGUCUUACAUCUCAAGAAAUAAUGUAUUUUGCAAUGAAACGAAAAUGUGUGGUUUUUUCCGUAGCGGGAUGCUCCUCUCUGGACACCAAGUGGACAAUUUAGCCCUCAUGCUAUAACUAACACACCUUCAGCUGUUGUCUCUCCUCGACAAGAGGCUUACGCCAUGCGAAAGCAAGCUAUGUCCUAUAGUGGUGGCAGUUCAGAAGCAGCUAAUAAGGUAAAAAUCUUAACGCGAGCGGCUCACACAGUCAGAGUUUGGCCUGGUUUAGUAUUAAGCGAGCACGAGUAUUGACAUUCCCUUUGAAUAGGAUGCAUGUUCAUCUGUGGUUACCCCCACCUCUCCCCCCUUGCGUGUUUCGUGUUUCCUUGGCUGCCCAGCAGUACCUAAGAACGUAACUCAGUGAUCAGUAUGCAUAUUCUCCAUGCUGUUCUCUAUACAUUUCUUAAGGUGCUGACAAGGAGAAUUUGAAUGACCAUCAAGAGUUUCCUAAAAUAUUUAUCAUUUUAGGUAUUCUCGUAACCUUAAUGUUUGAUUCAGGGGUGUAUUGUAUUUAAUUGAUGGAGAGGGGGGCGUGAGUUAUCUUGGGGCUCAAUCUUUUAAUGCUGAUAGUAUUUAUUGACUAAGAUGCUUUAUUUGGUUUUGUAGAGUGCUGCAGCAAAUCUUAGAGCCAUGCUUGUAACACCAUCUCCUGAUGCUAAUACGGUGAGUAGAUCGCGAGGCAAACUAAUCGUUCACACAAAAUUGUCCGUUUAAUUUUCAUUGUUUAAUGUCCACAAAAAAGAACGUUAGAGCCAUCUUGCACCGCAUGCUUUCAUCUACAACGACCUUGCAUGGCGCUGUAAUCUGUACCUCAUGAAAGUACUGCUCAGGAGUUUUCACUUGAUUGGUGACGCACCCGGGUAUCGUCCAUAGGCUUUGGAAGUUGGAACCAUCUUGUAUACAGCACAGUAAACAGUACCACACGAAAUUUCUGCUCAGUAGCUUUCAUUUGAACGGUAACACGUUAGGGUUUCUUCCACAGACUUGCAAGUUUGAACCACCUAUGGUAUAAUGUACAUUAUAAAAUAAUUCAAAUAGUACGCGUGCUCUGAUUGGCCAUAAAACCAUUUUACAUGAGCGUAUGUAAACACGGUUUUCGUUCCUCUUUCAUUAGUUAUUUUAUCGAUAAGCUGGAAACCACUCCGCUUCGCGUCGUGGUUUCUUACGCUUAUCUCGUGUUCUCCCAACCUCCCGCGUGUUUACAUCAGGCUAUGUAAACACGGAAACCAUCUUACAUUUCUACAAUGACACAAGAAAGUACUUCUCAGUUGCUUUCAUUGUAAUGGUCACUCAAUAGGGUUUUACCUUAAGAUAAAGCUCUAACUACCUUGUAUAGCUCUAUGUAAACAGUACCACGUGAAAGUACUGCUCAGUAGCUUUCAUAUCAAUGGUCACAUGCCUGGGUUUUAUCAUAAGACAAAGCUUGAAUCACCUUGCAUAGCACCAUAUAAACAGUACCACAUGAAAGUACUGCUCAGUAGCUUUCAUUUAAAUGGUCCCACAUUAGAGUUUCAUUUACAGACUUAAAAGUUAGCGUGUCUUCAAACCGCAGUACAUAAUGCAUUCGUAUUUAAAUCAAAUUAUCUUUGCUUAGGUCUUUUUCUGAUUUUCCUUUCAAAAUUAGUCUUCUUCAAGUACGCCAAACUCGAAUCAAGCAUCAAACAAGAGAAAGCAUGAAGAGGAAGACGAGGAACCUAAAGAUGAUAUUCGGUAAAUAAACUUCCUCAUACAUCAUUAAGAUGAUCAGCGCAGAAGUUAAUAGGCAGGAGCGCGUGUAACACGCCAGCGAGAGAGUAAACACUUCUCUCUCGCGCUUUAAUUCUCGCGCUCGCAUAUUGGUAUAAUCCACUUUAAUGAUUUAACACCUGUUAGGUGAUGUUUUGUGUAUUAGACUGAACACCGGAGGUAUCUUCCACUUUAAUUCGUCCCUUGAGGCAAUAGGAAUGUCCCGGCGACCGUGAACUAUGGGAUGCGUUUCCCAGGGUUCACGUAGCGCUGUCACGUGUUGACGUGUUUACAAGAUAAUAGAGACUUACUGAAUGGGUCUGGAGUUCGGUUUUCGGUUUGUUUUAAAAGAAAAAUGUGGAGUUUGAUUCUUUUUUCUCAGGUUAUGGGAGGCAGGAUGGAAAGGCCGUUAUUACAAAAAUAAAUUUCAACUGUCUGAAGACGAUGAAGGUUAUGAUGACUUCAGGAAGAAAGUGGUAAGUUUCAUCUGCGUGUUCAUUCAAAUGUUGAGGGAUUGGUAAAGCACUCGUCUGGCUCGCUUUUCAACAAAAACAUUCUGCUUUUAAAGUGUUUCCGUAAGUUUAAGAAUUUCUGGUAAAUUGUCUGGGAAAUUUAUCGAAGUGCUUAGUUCUCUCUGUGGUGAACUGGUAUUCUUUGAAAUGGCUUGUGUAGCAAGCCGGGUAGUUUAUUCCCUUGCUUGUCCUCUUUAAGUGACGUGCGGUUGGGAAUUGUAAAGUAUGCGGCAAAGGAUGAUGGGAUUUCGCGCGACCGCGGGUCAAUUAAGAUGACUUGGGAUGAUGUUAGUAGAACUAUGGAAACUUCUUAUCAUUGUCAGUCUAAUAGGUUACUUUGUAUGGAAGGAGAAAACCAUAAAUUAACUAAAUUACGAUUGGAAUUUAAGGAAGAUUUUUUUUUUCACGAGCUUAAAAAAUCAUUAGUUUGACUUACUAAGGUCUAAAAAGUAUCCGUUGUCACUUUGAAUCUUUCAGGCGCACGCCUAUGUGGAAGGACUCUGUUGGGUUUUACUUUAUUACUAUCAGGUAUGUCAGGUUAUAUGUAAUCCAGGAUUGCGUUGGUUUUUCUUCACAUCGCUCUCUUAUUGGUCUACAAAACUCGCGCCACAUUCUUAACCAAUCAGAUCACAACUAAAACCAAUCGCCUGUUGGUCGCCCGCGUUUUCCCGCGCUUCAGGCAGUUUGCUUGGUUUUUACUGUGUUCUCAUUGGUUCCCUGUGACGUUCUGAUUGGCUGUUGUGAUUACUUUGGUUUUGGUGUAGAAAAUCUCUUUCGUUUUUAAAUUUUAAAUAACAAUGUUUCUCUUCCUGUUCCCCCUUUGUUUUCUUUUUGUUUUCGCGCGCGGCGCGCGUGAUUUUACAAAUUGGCCGAUCGUGUCAAAGAACCCCUUUUUGUUUGUUUUCGCGGACUUUUGGUCUGUUGUUUUUGAGCUUUCAGUCGCGUAAAUUUGUUACCACUUUCUUUUGGAAUUUAAGAAGUUUCGGUGUUUUUAUUUUAGCCAAAUGUUGUGGUUCAUUUAACAAGUUUAAUAUCUAUCUUUUACGGAGUUUGAACUCUCUCUUUUUUCGUAAAUAGAUUUUAUACAUUUGGUUUCAUUACAAUCAAUCGAAAAGCGCUUGAAGGUAAGUUUCAUCAUUUAUUUAACUUUUUUUUUUUUCAGGGCUGUCCUUCCUGGAAGUGGUUUUAUCCAUAUCAUUACGCGCCUUUCGCCUCAGAUUUCCGUGACCUUGCAUCACUUCCAAACUCUUUUGAAAAAGGGACGCAACCGGUGAGAAGAAAUGGAACAAAACCGAAUUGAAAUCUGAAAAAAAUGUUUUAUUUUGUUUCACUGUGUUUAAAUAACAAGUGCGCAUAAUCGCUCAUGCACCUGCGUGCGUUUAGAAACUUGAGAGCAUACGCGCGUGUACUUACGUGGUUGUGUGUGUUCGGGCCGAUGUUGCAUUGUGGUCCCGUUCCGCCACUUAAAACAUCGAGUUAAAAACUCUUUUCAAGAAUAAAACUGUAGGAUGAGGGAGGUCGGAGUUGCUAUUCCUUGUAUCUAUCCUGUAAAUCCCUUGGACGUGAGCUCUAUGUUUAAAUGUCGCGCUAUUUAAUUCACAUUCUUCUUUUCUAUUUUGUACUGACAAUUCCUUUGUAUUUUACUUGAGCGAAGAAGCGAAUAAAUUGUUAGAUCGACGUCUUUGUUAUUGGUGAAAUGAUGACUCUGUUCUUCUACAAGCUCCGGCUUUAAGACUAUGCUGCAGUGCUUAAUUGUGCGCACAGCUAUCGCGCAUAAAUUAUGCGCUCCGAAAAAUGUGUGGUACAUUACUGAGGAAGUCUAAAGGUAGUUUCUAAUAUGUUAUUUUUAUUAUUAUUUUUCAGUUUAAGCCUCUGGAGCAACUGAUGGGAGUAUUUCCAGCUGCCAGCGGAAACUUUCUUCCUCCAACCUGGAGAGAGUUGAUGUCUCACCCAGUAAGUAUCGUUUGUAUUGCAAUCUUAUUUUCUCCACUGACAAUUCUGGAGUUUGAUUAUGGGAAACGUAGUGUAUGAAGAAUAUUGCGGAGAAUUUAUAACAAGAUCUGGGGAGUAAGAGACUGAAACGCAUUUUGAUUCGCAUUUCAGGAGUCGCCGAUCAUUGAUUUCUACCCACUGGAUUUUGAAAUCGAUCUCAACGGGAAGAAAUACGCAUGGCAAGGUAAAGUAGGCUCAACCAAUCAGAUGCAAAAUUAGAACCGCUCGUGACUCGGUCACCCGCGUUUUCCCGCGCUUCAGGCAUUUUUAUUAGUUUUACUUUGAGUUCUCGCUUCGCCUUGAUUGGCUGUUGUGGUUUUGAUUUUACGACACUCAAUCGAAAAGCGCUCUAAACUGUGACCUCACAUGUUUAUCGCUGUUCUCUUUCAAGGUGUAGCCCUGUUACCGUUUGUUGACGAGAAGAGACUUCUCGGCGCUCUCAGUCGAGUAUAUCCAGAUCUCACAGACUUUGAGAGUAAGUUUGAUUCAUCCCUUCUGGCAUAAAUGGUAACUUGCUCUUACCUGCAUACUCAUGUAUUUGUAUGAGGAAACUUUCAACGCAACCACCAAGAGUUGCAAUCAUUCGAUAAUUUUUUGACAAUCCUUGAUAACUAUGAUGUAAAACAGACUCGUCUUUUUCGUAUCUUUCUAUUGAAUUCCUUCUGUUAAUCCUUAAACCCCUUGGAGAGAUCAAUAUCUAAUUUCUCCUUGCAAUAUCAUCCCUGAAUCUAACAUUAAGGUCAUGAGAAUAAAGGAAGCUCUUGUUUCUUAAACAAAUUCUCCUUGUCAGCACCUUAGGAAAUGUAUAGAGAACAGUAUGGAGAAUAUGCAUACUGAUCUUAGGAUGUAAAGGGUUAGUCAGAUCUCAUAAUCUGCCAAGAAACGUUUGUACAUCGUCUGUAUGGUGUUCCGAACUUCUCUGCCAAUCAAUAGUGCCAAUGACUUCUCGCUUUGUUAACAACCUCAUAGCUGCUCUUCUCCUCGGAUUUCGUACAGACUUUGUACAGCGUAACGUUUUGCGUCAUACUGCGGCGGUGGUAUAUGUUAAGGAGUUGUUGUGCGCUACACUGCUGCUUCCAACUAAGGAUGUCUUUGCUUUCAUUUAUUUUAGUGCAAAGGAACAAUCGCGGUAAAGAUCGCUUGUUUCUACGCCAGGGAAAUCCCAUCUUUGACUUCUUUGUUGGUUUAUACGAAGGAGGUGGCAUCAAAGAGGUAUAAUUCGGGCUGUAGAAUUAUUUUUUUUCUUUUCCUUUUCAAUUUUCGUUGGAGUUACAGAAUUAUUCCAGUGAUUGAUGACAGUGGAACUCUUCUUCACUACUGUUGACUAUGCGACCAUAGCGAUCCAAUCUAAUGGGGUGAACGAUUCACCCUGUGACCCUUAAGAGUGACUAGUAUCUAAUUUCUCUUUACAAUAUCGCCCCUUAAUUAAACGUUAAGGUCGCAAGAACAGAGGAAAUAAUCACCCACUAAAGAGGCCCUUGCUCGUUAAACAAGUUCUCCUUAGGAAAUGCACAGAGAACAGUAUGGAGAAUAUGCAUUGUGAUGUUUGGGCGUAAAGGGUUCAUUGAAAUCCUGUGUUAAGCUGACACUAGCGACAGCAUCCCGUGCUAGGCUCUGAAUUAGUGGAGACAAUGACAAGCAAGAGGAUGCAGCUGUUACAGCUGUCAGAAAAACGGCUGUAUCUCGUAUUGCAUUUUUGUAACGCUCCCGCUUAUUUUGGGAACGCCAUUUCUUGGACUCUCAUUCUUUUCGUUCGUCUCCACUGUUUGAGAUCCAGGAACAGGCGCCAACGAUAAUUCAGAGGUUUUUCGCUGAGAAGAAAUCUCAAAUUAUUCAUCAGACAUCUUAAGUUGUCUCCUUAUGUCUUUGCAGGCGGUUGAAAUCGUGGCUAAUCUGAGUGGUGGCAUGUCGGGAAAAGUAGAACCAGACGAUGUUCCUAUUUUACCGUACAAGUAAGAAUGAACGACUGAUCUGUAACCAUCUGAGUAACACUGUUGAUGGAGAUGUGUGCUCCAAACAUCACACGAUUUUUACUUUCGCUAUGAAAACGUAUACCUGAGAUAAUGAUAUUGACUGCGUUUUGAGAUUCCAGAGCGCAAACUAGCCUUUCGAAAAUUGUCUUUAAAUAAUCCUAAAAUUUAAUCACGGGUGGCGCCAUUUUAAAUCUCUCUCAACAACCUGGCCUCUUACCUACCCUGGUGAUUAAAUUUUCUACAAAGUUUGUGUUCACUAACACUAAAAUAAAUAUGAAAUGUAUAGGAGAGCUAUAACUAAGAUGAAGUAGCUUAAUGGGUAGUUUCCUUUGAAUUCGAACAAAUAAAGUCGUGGGGUUGAUGUAAACUGAUUGUGGAAUCAAUAGACAAAAUCAUUUUAAGGUAUCUUCGACUGUUAAGGGACGCUUAUUUACCCGAUCAUACUUGUACCUUAUUGCAGAACUGUUCCAUCUCCCAUACCUCAACUUUACGACUUACGGGACAACCGAACGAUAAGGUAAGAUACUCCUACGGUUUACUCUUUAGCACUCUAGAGUGAAUUGCAUCUAAUUUCUUCUCACAGUACCACCCCAUAAUCAAACAUUAAGGUCAUGAGAAUAAAGGAAAUGAUCACCAACCCAAGAAGCUUUGAUUGUUAAACAAAUUCUCCUUGUCAGUACCAAAGGAGAUGUAUAUCAAAGAGUAUGGAGAUUAUGGAAACUGAUGUUACAUCCUGUUUGUUAGAAGAGAAGGCGUCCUCCCAUGACCCUGUUGCAUUUUGCCCUUCCCACUCCUUUUCUGUCUUUGUCACUGAAUCUCUUCGAACAGUACAUGGUUACUUACAUCCCAAGAGUGUAUUUGUUAGCGUCGUUUUUUUUUUUUUAAUUGUUUUAGCUCAUCGCCGUAGUGGCUUUUGUCUGCGGCGCGUCGUCGUCGAUGAAUCUUUGUGUUUGUCGCACGGCCUUUUUCUUUGUCAUCUUCGUUGUUGUCUUUUCCCCUUAAUCUUCGUUGGAAGGUCUUCGUCGGAAGGUCUUCGUCGGAAGGUCUUCGUCGGAAGGUCUUCGUCGGAAGGUCUUCGUCGGAAGGUCUUCGUCGGAAGGUCUUCGUCGGAAGGUCUUCGUCGAAAGGUCUUCGUCGGAAGGUCUUCGUCGGAAGGUCUUCGUCGGAAGGUCUUUGUCGGAAGGUCUUCGUCGGAAGUUUCCGUUAUGGCUCUCGCCUUGUCAAAGCUACCUUUCUCUUCAUCGUCGAUCACUCAAUCGUAAUUCUUGUUCUACAAAUAAAACUUGUCGUGAUGAUUACUUAUCUACUAAAUUCUAUGCUUCUUGGUUUCAGUGUCCUGUUCACUGAUCCUGUUUACGAUGACGAUCAUAUUUUCAAAGCAGAUGUUUUACCCAAUGCACAGUAAGUCAGUUUUAAUACUUAACAGCCGAAAACGUUAACCCUCUCCCAAUUAACAAAAUGUAACUCUGAAAAAUUAAAACCUUGUCAAACGUUUUUCUACUUAUGAAAAAAAUAAGCGUAAAAUUCCUGACACAAAACGUCCCAAAAUCGUUUAUGCUAGAAUUGGACGAAAAUCGAACCUUUCCCGUUCCCUUGGGGGAUCCCUCUUCUACAUACCGCAUCGCUCCUUUCCCCUCCCUUGUUGGGUUGUCAACAGACCCUUCACUCUUAGAAAAACCUUCCUUUCCUCCCCCCACCCCUGUAACUCAACCAGGACUCAGUACAAACAUGAUGUAAGUCAAACUAAGCUAAUGUCGAAGCGCCUUUGAUUGUUCAUUUUAAUGCUCAGACUUCCAGCCCGUGUUUUGAAGCCUGAGGGUUAUGACAGAAAUGCUCCAUAUCGGCCGGUCACAGGAAUGAAUCCUAACAGGACGUCGUUCGCUCAAAUUGACAGCGCUGGAAGAAGAAUGCUCAAGUAAGUGAACUGAUGGCGUUAAUAAGAAAACCGGAAGACCUAGCAUUAACAGAUACUCGGGCACCCGAUAUAGAGUAGCGCGCGCGAAGAAAACGCGCAACGUGCAACAGAGGCACUAUCCUCUUUGCGAGGGGACUUGCAACGCGCGUGUCGCUCAAAAGCAAGGGCAUGCUUGUGACAUGGAGUGACGACUUUACAUCUUGAAUACUUCUCACGAUUCCCUGCUAGUUCACAUCUAUUUAUAUAUAUUUUCUGAACCACCGUACUUCCCACCUUCGACCAAUUAGAGUCUGUUCAACAUAAACGAGCGUUUUGCUCCUCAAAAUGUUUUGUAACUGGCAAAACAUCUGCGCAUAUCAUGUUAAACCAUCGAAUAAAGUGUUUGUAUUUGUUGUCUCAGUUUUCACGGAGGUGAGGUCUUUCGUCUAUCUACACCGGGCAGCCAUGCUCCUCCCUUCAGGUCAUACUCAGUCCCACCGCAGAACUAUCCAAGACAUGGUCAUCCUCCUCAUUCAAGAUCCAUUCUGGGUACACCUCCAUCAUCACGUGAUUACAAUGAUCCAAGACGAAACAACUCUUAUAGGCAGCAGGCACCGCGUCACAAUUCAGGCGGUUACCAAGGAAACAGACCUACGCCGUGGUCUCAUAUGCGGCCUUCUUAUCGGGAACCUGGGCCAAAUCAGCCCCAUUUCUCGCGCGGUAAUUAUAACAACUCACCACGGGACCCGCGGGAAAAUCAAGACAAUCGGUACCGGGAUGCCCCGGCCAGGGUCAGUAUUCUCGCUGGCUUAGCUGGCAUUGUAUGAGUUAUGCUAGAACAAAGUCAAUCAUUGGUUGAUGCGUUUGUGAUUUUCUCAGUCUAAUUUCGCUUUUGAACAUUUGUUUGCUUUGUUAUACAGCAUGAUCAUCGCCAGUCAUACCAGCUCUCCAACUACCGCUACAGACCUUACUAACUGAACAGCGUUGCUAUCCUUAGCAACCAAUCAUUAAGCCAGCAGGAACGUAGUGGACUACAAAACUCGUGGACGGGGAUCUGUUCAGUAAAAGCUGUAAGAACACAGUUCCGCUUCUCCGUCAUUACUGAGGCUUUACACAACGAAAUGGCUGGUUUCCAUUACUAUAUCAAUAAGACAUUUAUGCCUAUGAUUUUAUCUGUCAGCAUCACUUCUUUUUGUCCUUAAUACCCUAACAUACGUAUGCAUAAUCUCCAUAAUGGCCUCUAAACAUUUCCUAACGUGCUGACAAGGAGAAUUUGUUUAACGAUCAAGAACUUCUCCAGUUGGCGAUCAUUUCCUAUAUUCUCAUUACCUUAGUGUGUGAUUCGGGAGUGGUAAUGUUGGGAGAAAUGAGAUGCUAAUCACUGUUAUGGAUGAAAGGGUUGGCUUGAACUUAGUGAAAAGGAAGGUAUUUCGUAAUUUGCUGGCGACUGUCAGAUAACUGUAAACUAAACUUAAUGAAGACUUCACGUACUAGAUAUUUGAGCCGUAAAGUUUGAGGCGACAUUUACGGCAGAGUUUAAAGACUCUCGUGUUUAUCUUUUUGUCAGCAAGAUUUUUAAUUUCAUGUAAAUUGGGACUUGCAUUUAGUUAAUUCUUGCACAAUUUCUCUACCUAGUUAGUUAUUUCAAUUGAGGUCUCCUUUAGGUAUUUAUGCUUUAAAAAUCAAUACCAGGACUUAUGUAGCAUUAGUAAUUCCUCUUGUAUGGCACUGUCACCUUAUAAAUCGAAUUUUUAUAACGUUAAAGACUCCUGAGUGAAAGCUGUUUGCUAGGUCAAUGUACAAUAAAACACUUUCCCUUCCGCUUUUGAAUUAAUUCUUGCCGAGACGAAAACUGAAUUUAAAAUUAUACUAGUCUGAUA